GAGCGGUGAGCGUAUAGGGUCCUCUGAAAAUCCCACUACUUGGGGUUUCUGAUGAUUAUGAGUUGCUAGAAGACAUUGCCGUCGCCGGUGGUGAUUUACCCUCCCUUGACCCUGCUGGGCCACUUCGUUCUUCUCAUUCCCUCCCCUGCUCCACUCCUCUCAGUGGAGGAUUUGAUGACUCAUUUGGCAUUUUGGGUAAUCUUAAUGAAACUGACUCCUGAAAAUGGUCUGGACUUGAGUUCUCGGCCAGGAUUCCUGCCUCACACUCCUAUCCCAUCUCCAUUUUCCACCCAAGCUAACUUGUUGGUGGGAAGAUGGUACCUUUUGUUGGCUAUCCUGUAGUUUCUAUGUGGCAGUUCAGGCCUCCUGCUGUUGUUUCAUCACAGGAUCAUAUGCUCCGCCAUCCACUAGCAUAAUCUGGCAUUCCACAUUAGUUCUUAGCUCAAAGAACUCUUGUUCAUGAAGAUGCUUGCCAUAAAUUUUGGCCGUUUUGCUUCUUGGCUCUUCUUUCCCCUCUUCAUGCCCCUUGGAAGAGGGUGAUACAUUAGGCAAUAUCAUCAGGAAACUUUAAGUCUUCACUGUUGAUUGCUUUUGCAACUUGCGAUUUCCUGCUAAGCAAGUUUGGUGAUUCUGUCACCCCAUUGCUGAGGAGCACAUAUUACAGAGGCAGGUUGUAUUUAGGUUACUGUCAAAUUUUGCAUUUUAUAUUUUAAUGCAGAGCUAAAAUGAAAUCAGAUUUUUUUACUAGUUCUGAAAGCCUUCUUAUGAUGAAAAUUCUAUUAGCCUCAUUCUCUUGUG